AGAGGCAAUGUUAGUGUGUAUGUGUGUGCGUUUUGUAUGAGAAUUCAGUUUUUAAGAUGCACAAGCUGUAAACCAAGCAAGCCAAAGUUCUGACAUACCAAAAAUCCAUUUGAUCAUCCAUUUGAAGUCAGUCAAUGCUCAUUUAGACAUUUAACUGUGCAUGUACAUCACAUAUUGGUCAAUGAGCCUGAAACUUGCAGUCAAGUUAACUGUAAUUUAAUUAGAACUAAAAAUAGGAAAUGUCUGUAAUAUGAACAUGUAGAGUGUCAUUAUUUACCUCAUUAUUUUUGUGCAUGUGUUUGUGUGAGAUUUUUUCUGUGUUUGUGUGUAUGUAUGAUUUGUGUGUAUGUUUAUGGUUGUGUGUGUCAAGUCAAGUCAAAGUUUAUUUAUAUAGCACUUUUUACAACAGGUGUUGUAAAAAAAUACUGUGUUCAUGAUUAUGUGUAUUUGUGUGAUGUCAGUGUUCUGAUGUAUUAUCAUUUUUCUACCAGGCUGUAUAACUGUAAUCUCACAGAGAAAAGCUGUGCAACUCUGUCCUCAGCUCUCAGCUCAAACUCCUCCUGUCUGAGAGAACUGGAUCUCAGUAAUAAUAAACUGCAGGAUUCAGGAGUGGAGCUGCUUUCUGCUGGACUGGAGAAUCCACACUGUAAACUGGAAAUACUGAGGCUGAGUAACUGUAAUCUCACAGAGAAAAGCUGUGCAGCUCUGUCUUCAGCUCUUAGAUCAAACAUCUCAAGCCUAAGAAAACUGAACCUGAGUGAAAAUAACCUGCAGGAUUCAGGGGUGGAGCUGCUCUCUGCUGGACUGAUGAAUCCACACUGUAAACUGGAGAUACUGAGGCUGUUUAACUGUAAUCUCACAGUGAAAAGCUGUGCAGCUCUGUCCUCAACUCUCAGCUCAAAUUCCUCCAGUCUGAGAGAACUGGAUCUGAGUGGCAAUAAACUACAGGAUUCAGGAGUGGAGCUACUAUCUGCUGGACUGGAAAAUCGACAAUGUAAACUGGAGAUACUGGAGCUCUCUAACUGCAGCAUUACAGGUGAUGGCUGUGCUUCUCUGGCUUCAGCUCUAAAAUCAAACCCCUCCUCUCACCUGAGGGAGCUAAACUUGAACUACAAUAAACCAGGAGAGUCAGGAGUGGAGCAGCUGUCUGAUCUACUGGAGGGUCCACAUUGUAAACUCAAGAAACUAGAGCUAUGUCUCUGUAAUCUCACAGAGACCAACUGUGCGGCUCUGUCCUCAGCUCUCAGCUCAAACUCCUCAAGUCUGAGAGAGCUGAACCUGUGUCUUAAUGAACUGAAGGAUUCAGGAGUGGAGCUACUCUCUGCUGGACUGAAGAAUCCACACUGUAAACUGGAGAAACUGGAGCUGGAUAACUGCAGUAUUACAGGUGAAGGCUGUGCUUCUCUGGUUUCAGCUCUAAAAUCAAACCCCUCCUCCCACCUGAGAGAGCUGAACCUGAAAUACAAUAAACCAGGAGAGUCAGGAGUGAAGCUGCUCUCUGAUCUACUGGAGGAUCCAUACUGUAAACUGGAGAAGCUACACAUCAGAACACCAUCCAGCUGAUCUGCUCUCACACAGAGGGUUAUAAGGACAUGAUGAAAUCUUAGUACAACACACACUCAGUAUAUGGUUCUACAUGGUACCAUGUGUGUGUUUGUUGGUUUGUUAUCAGUCAAAUCUGUGAGCACAGCUGCAGCAUAGGACUGUGUGAUCUCCCCAUGACAUCACUUCCUGUACACCAGUGACUGCACCUUUAAUGACCUGUCCAUGAAACUCCUUACAUUGGUGGAUGACCCUAUAUUGGUGAUGAGAGUGUGUACAGGAGGGAGGAGCACAGCAUGGCAUCAUGGUAACA